AAACCUUCCAACCCAUCUUCUUAUAAACCUACCAAGAACCUUCACCUCUAAAACCAUGGUCAGCUCCUGUUGUGGCUCUGUCUGCUCUGAGGAGGGCUGUGGCCAAGGCUGCUGCCAGCCCAGCUGCUGCCAGACUACCUGCUGUAGGACCACCUGCUGCCGCCCCAGCUGCUGUGUGUCCAGCUGCUGCAGGCCCAGCUGCUGUGUGUCCAGCUGCUGCAGACCCCAGUGUUGCCAGUCUGUGUGCUGCCAGCCCACCUGCUGCCGCCCCAGCUGCUGUCGCCCCAGCUGCUGCAUUUCUAGCUGCUGUAGACCUUGCUGCCGCCCCAGCUGCUGUGUGUCCAGCUGCUGCAGGCCCCAGUGCUGCCAGUCUGUGUGCUGCCAGCCCACCUGCUGCCGCCCCAGCUGCUGUCGCCCCACCUGUUGCAUUUCCAGCUGCUGCCGCCCCUGCUGUGGUAGUUCCAGCUGCUGUGGAUCUAGCUGCUGCCGCCCCACCUGUUGCAUUUCCAGCUGCUGCCGCCCCAGCUGCUGCAGGCCCAGCUGCUGUGUGUCCAGCUGCUGCAGACCCCAGUGCUGCAUCUCCAGCUGCUGCCGCCCCUGCUGUGGUAGUUCUAGCUGCUGUGGAUCUAGCUGCUGCCGCCCCAGCUGCUGCAGGCCCAGCUGCUGUGUGUCCAGCUGCUGCAGACCCCAGUGCUGCAUCUCUAGCUGCUGCCGCCCCACCUGUUGCCAGACCACCUGCUGCAGGACCACUUGUUGCCGCCCAUCAUGCUCUAGUGGUUCUUGCUGCUGAGGUUUCUCACCCACAGUGUCCUGUUCUUCACCAUCCAGCAUUCCUGAUGUAGACCAUAUGUGAAUGCAAGCCCACGAGGCCAGUCAAAGCUUCUCUCUUAACAUAUUGAUUUUUAACCUUCUAACUACAUUGUCUUGUCCCUGUGUCUUUGUCAAUGAACACAAGAUGGAUUUGUGUGUGUGUGUGUGUGUGUGAAAUCUGUAAACAGAUCUCAUCCCCAUACUUUGUUUCCUUCCCCAUUUUCAAAAACAUACUCCCCUCAUAUCUU